UUUGUAGGGAUGUGAUUUGAAUAGGACUGUGACUGAAGUAGUGGGAUGUUAUUUAUCUAUUUUUGUAUUUUGUUUUGAUGUCGUUGUCCCCCCUCCCUUUAUCCACAAUGGACAUGUAUUUGUUUCUACAGUUUAUUAACGGUACAGUAGGUGGCGGCAGACACGUUAUAUUUGUGUAAAUGUCAGUAUACCAGAGAAGAAGAUGACGCUGUUGUAUUGUCGUUGUGGGGAACAGGAAGUUCCGGGUAGUUAACGACAGAACUGUGCUGUUAUGUCGAUAGGGGUUGUGUCCGUUACAAUUGUAUUAUUGUAGGCCGACUCAGAUUAAGUGUGAGUCCGGUAACAUCAACAGUGAGGACAAACCCAGCCUGCCUCUCUCCUUCCACACUGAGUCCAAACCUACAGUCACUGGGUCCUGAUUGUGACAGUGGAGCCCAGUUUGCACUGCAGGAUCCGGAGAUGGCAUCAGUGAAGCUGGAAGACUGCAGUCAAACACUGGAGCUGAAUGUCAACAUUAAAGAUGAAGAGGAGGAGGAGAAGAUUAGGACAACUGUUAAUCAUGGACACCAUGUUGAGACAUUCUCUACAUCCAGAGAGCAACAGCAGGAAGAUCACAGAGCUAAGAGGUCUCACCACUGCCCACAUUGUGAAAAGAUUUUCCCAUUUCUAUCAAAGCUAAAAAUACACCUAAAAAUACACAGAGGAGAGAAGCCUUACUCCUGCUCUGACUGUGGAAAAUUCUUCAAAACAUCAACUAAGCUAAAAGUUCAUCAGAGAACACAUACAGGAGAAAAACCUUACUCCUGUUCUGACUGUGGAAAAAGCUUCACGACAUCAACGGUGCUAAAACUUCAUCAGAGAAGACACACAGGAGAGAAGCCUUAUUCCUGCUCUGACUGUAGAAAAUGUUUUAUAACAUCAUCUCAGCUAAAAGUUCAUCAGAGAACACACACAGGAGAGAAGCCUUUCUUCUGCUCUGACUGUGGAACUAGUUUCUCUCAACUUUCCCACUUAAAAACACAUGAACGCAUACAUACAGGAGAGAAGCCUCAUUACUGCUCUGACUGUGGAAAAUGUUUUAAAACAUCAAAUGAGCUAAAAGUUCACCAGAGAACACACACAGGAGAGAAGCCUUAUGUCUGCUCUGACUGUGGAAAAUGCUUCACAACAUCAACUGAUCUAAAAGUUCAUCAGAGAACACACACAGGAGAGAAGCCUUAUUCCUGUUCUGACUGUGGGGUGAGUUUCUCUCGACUCGGUACCUUAAAAACACACCAACAGAUACAUACGGGAGAGAAGCCUUACUUCUGCUGUGACUGUGGGGAGAGUUUCUCUCAAAAGACCAACUUAAAAGCACACCAACAAAUACAUACAGGAGAGAAGCCUUACUACUGCUCUGACUGUGGAAAAUGUUUCUCCCAAUUGGGUAACUUAAAAUCACAUGAACGUAUACAUACAGGAGAGAAGCCAUACUCCUGCUCUGACUGUGGGAAGAGUUUCUCCCAAUUGCAUACGUUAAAAACACAUGAACGUAUACAUACGGGAGAGAAGCCUUACGUCUGUGCGGACUGUGGGGUGAAUUUCUCUCAUCUGGGCACCUUAACAACCCACCAACGUAUACACACAGGAGAGAAGCCUUACUCUUGCUCUGACUGUGGAAAAUGCUUCACAACAUCAACUGAUCUAAAAGUUCAUCAGAGAACACACACAGGAGAGAAGCCUUAUUUCUGCUUUGACUGUGGAAAAUGUUUUAAAACAUCAAAUGUGCUAAAAGUUCAUCAGAGAACACACACAGGAGAGAAGCCUUAUUCCUGCUCUGACUGUGGAAAAUGCUUCACAACGUCAACUGAUCUAAAAGUUCACCAGAGAACACACACAGGAGAGAAGCAUUACUACUGCUCUGACUGUGUAAAAUGCUUCAAAACAUCAACUGAGCUAAAAUUACAUCAGAGAACACACACAGGAGAGAAGCAUUACUACUGCUCUGACUGUGUAAAAUGCUUCAAAACAUCAACUGAGCUAAAAUUACAUCAGAGAACACACACAGGAGAGAAGCCUUACUACUGCUCUGUCUGUGGAAAAUGUUUUAAAACAUCAACUGAGCUAAAAGUUCAUCAGAGAAUACACACAGGAGAGAAGCCUUAUUACUGCUCUGACUGUGGAAAACGUUUUAAAACAUCAAAUGAGCUAAAAGUUCAUCAGAGAACACACACAGGAGAGAAGCCUUACGUCUGCUCUGACUGUGGGAAGAGUUUCUCCCAAUUGUAUACCUUAAAAACACAUGAACGUAUACAUACAGGAGAGAAGCCUUACUCCUGCUCUGACUGUGUAAAAUGUUUUAAAACAUCAACUGAGCUAAAAGUUCAUCAGAGAACACACACAGGAGAGAAGCCUUAUACCUGCUCUGAAUGUGGAAAAUGUUUUAAAACAUCAAAUGAGCUAAAAGUUCACCAGAGAACACACACAGGAGAGAAGCCUUAUGCCUGCUCUGAAUGUGGAAAAUGUUUUAAAACAUCAAAUGAGCUAAAAGUUCAUCAGAGAACACACACAGGAGAGAAGCCUUUCUUCUGCCCUGACUGUGGAAUUAGUUUCACUCAACUUUCCCACUUAAAAUCACAUGAAUGUAUACAUACAGGAGAGAAGCCAUACUCCUGCUCUGACUGUGUAAAAUGCUUCAAAACAUCAACUGAGCUAAAAGUUCAUCAGAGAACACACGCAUGAGAGAAGCCUUACCUCUGCUCUGACUGUGGGGUGAGUUUCUCUCACCAGAGCAACCUAACACACCAACGUAAAACACACCUUACUCCUGCUCUGUAGAAGGGUGGGCGUGUAUCUCAAACGUCUAGCCAAAGGUUGUGUGCUUGAAUCUCAUCAAGGAGUACUUUAGCAUUUUAGCUAAUUAGCAACUUUGCAACUACUUACUACUUUUUAGCUAUUACUUAGCAUGUUAGCUUAGCAUGCAACUACUUAGCAUGUUAGCUAACCUUUCCCCUAAACCCAUUUAACUCUACCUUAAACCCCUCACCCCUAACCUAGCUAACGUUAGCAACAACAACUUGGAUUUCGUAACUUAUCAUACAUUAUACGAGUUCGUAACAUAUUGUAUAAAUAGCAAUGCGUAAAAUAAUAUAUGAAUUGUAAUUCAUAACAUACAUCCUACAAGUCAUAUUAUACUGAACAACAAUCUAAAUGCAACAAUUUCAAAGAUUUACAGUUCGUAUAAGGAAAUCGAUCAAUUGAAAGAAAUAAUUGAGGCCCAAAUCUAUGGAUUUCACAUGACUGGGCAGGGGCUCAGCCAUGGCUGGGACUUGGGAGGGCAUAGGCCCACUUGGGAGACAGGCCCAGCCAAUCAGAAUGAGUUUUUCCCCACAAAAGGUCUUUAUUACAGACAGAA